UCAGCUGAUCCCAAAUAACUGGGCUCUCUUCUAAACUUAGAGAGGGCUGUCCGGGCCCUCGCAGGGGUGCGCGGAGUGGUGCGGGUCAUGGAAGAGGACGCGGCCACGACACCGCUAGCGCCGCUGGAACCGAUUAAUCUCGUGGUGAUCGGCAAAGAUGGGACGGGAAAAACAGCACUCAUCGUCCGGCUCCUGACACGGCGCUUUAUCCACGAGUACGACCCCAGCCUCGUCAGCGUGUACCCGUUCACGAUCGAAGACGAUGGCGAGGCCCUCAGUUUGAACCUCAUGGACACUGCGGGAAAGUCCAGGCUCGAGUCUAGCGAGGUGGACUGGGGCGACGGCUUCCUGCUGGUGGUGUCACUGACGAGCCCCGAAUCGGUGCGGACGGCCGAGCUGAUGUACGCCUGGUUGCAGGACAGCGCGCCGGGCAAACCCCUCGCCCUGGCGGCCACCAAGAGGGACCUCGUGCAGGCGCGGGCCGUCAGUUCGCACGAGUUGGCGGAGCUCGCCGAGCGGUGGCACUGCGCCCUGUACGAAACAGCGGCAACGGGAGACUACGAAGACGUGGCCCGGCCAUUCCUCGAGCUGGCGCGGCGGGCCAGGACGCUCAAGGCGCGCCGGCAGCUGUUCCCAAACAUGGCGCCGGAGCCGGUGUCGCCGCCACCGGCCGCCGAUGGUUCCAAGAGACUUUACAGAGCGAGGCAGCUCACCAAGUGACCUCCCGAGCCGAGCUGGGUCCGGGCGGGCCUUCGAACCAUCGCACGCACCGAGUGAUGUCGCUUGAAGAAACUCCAUUCCUCUGCCUAGAGUCACCCAAAAAAGUUCAAGCGAUGCUUGGUGCACCUUACCUCCAUAGAGGAAUUGAUAAAUAAAUUGAAAGCAGAAUGCCA